UGGAGCUUUUCCGGCCUGUGCAGGAGGGGUGAGAGGCGGCAGACAGGCGACCAGGCGACCAGGCGACAACACUCGGACGUUGCCCACCUCUGUCGGGACCCCCCAGCGACCACCGGGACCCUCCGCGUGUCCGACAUGACACCGGCGACGGUCCGCCACCGUCCCCGCACAGCCGCUCUAAUUGCGGGGGAGCGGAAGUGAGAGAAGAGGAAGUUGAUAGGGGAGAGAGCAAAACGUGAACCCCAUUCACAAGGUGGUUGUGCUCCGGCAAGUUCAAGUCCAAAGUUCGCCUCUGUGGAGGAGCGGGGCCCCGGGGCUCGUCUGUGGCCAUGGACAUCCACGUGAAGGAGGGACAGCUGUAUGUACAGCAUCAGAAGUUUGGAAAGAAAUGGAAGAAGAAUUGGUUUGUCUUGUACCCCGCCAGCCAAAAUGGCAUCGCCCGCCUCGAGUUCUACGACUCGGGCGGAGGAGGCGGGGCCGGCGGAGGCUCAGGGAGCGGGUCCAGUGAGAAAACCCGGAAGCUGGACAAGAAGAUCAUCCGCCUGUCGGAGUGCAUUUCGAUCCUGCCGGCGCUGACGGAGAGCUGUCCCAAAGAUAACAUGGCAGCGUUCUGUGUGGAGACCAAUGACAAGAACCACGUGUUCGCUGCAGAGAAGAACGCCGCCAUGGACUGGAUGAAUACACUGUGUGACAUCGCGUUUCAGGGAGGAAGCGCUGCUGCAGACUCUAACGGCGGAGCCCAAGACUUACAGAUGUCCGAAAACCUCAUCUACUGCUCCAGAGAGGAAGUGAACGAGUUCUGGGUGAGCGUCCAGCGCACCGAGGCGUCGGAGCGCUGCGGACUGGCGGGAAGCUACUGGUUGAAGGCGGAGAGUGAGGCCUUGAUCUUGAAGGAGCCAAAGACCAAGCGGAACGUCCUGGUGUGGCCCUACAAGCUGCUGCGUAGAUACGGGAGAGACCGGGUGAUGUUUUCUUUCGAGGCGGGUCGGCGCUGCGACUCGGGUCCUGGUAACUUCACCUUCGAGACCAAGCAAGGUAACGAGAUCUUCAUGCUGGUGGAACAGGCCAUCCAGUCGCAGAAGGCUCUCGCUGAGGAGCACCACCUCAGCCUCCCCUUCGACCCGGACUGCCCCUCGUCGCUGCUGCACAUUCGCAACGCUGGCGGCAUCGUGGGAAGUGGUGACAGCAGCAGCAGCAGCAGUCGAGAGGCGGACGGCGAUUCGGGCGGCAGCAAACCGGGGUCUGCUGACGGCGUGCUUGGGAAGAGAGAGGUGGGAGAUGGAGGCGGAAGAGGUGCAGCAGUGGGAGGACUCAAAGGCAGGAGUUUACCAGAGCCCCCAGCCAUGUUGGGGGUUUUGGGAGGAGGUCCAAAAGGUGCUCCCUCAAAGGAUGAACAUGCAGGUCUUUAUUCUGAACCGGCUGACUCGGUCCGCCUGCCUCUGUACAGCGCUGACUGCCUCUACUCGGACCCGGUCGACACCAUCAAGGGGCAGAACAGCAACUUACCCACCCCUCCGGUGCCCACCCCACGUCUCCGACCGGUGGGAGACGAGGCCUCGGCAGUCGUUGUCCAAGGGGAUCAGCACCAUGGAGGCAGCCACCACAGGAAUCCGCCAGACCUGUUCUCACACGUGUACGACCGGAUCAGCCUGGAGCUGAGCCAGAAGACAAGCGCUCUCAAUCUGAACGGGGCAGCAGGGGGAGGACGGGGCGGAGGAAGAGGCGGAGGAAGAGUGGCGAACAGUAACAGGCGACCCCCAGGUGGCAAAGCAGAGGGCGCUUCGUCACCUCCCGUUCUCCUUCCGGACCACAUAUACGACGAACCGGAGGGCUGCGCCAAAGGAAGCGCAAGCAUGUUGGCUAGUUUAGGGAUGAGCAUUUACAGCGAGGCCCGUUUGGAGCCGCACAACCAGAAGAAACAGGAAGAGGCGGUGGCCCCGUCAGGACCAGAGGGGCAAUACAGCACCCCGUCCCACGGAAAGCCCUCAGAGCUUCAUGGACACUCUCCACCGCAGCCCGGCCCGAGCCGAGGCACACCGCAUCCUCCGGCUCCGAGGGGGCCCAAACCGACCACCGCUCCCAAACCGGGGAGGGACAUUUUCAGCCGGAAGGAGCCAGUGCCACUGCCCCCCGGGAAACAUGGAGGUCCUGGCAUCAAUGUGAAUAACAACAACAACAACAACAUUUGGGGAGGAGGGAGGGAGCUGUACAGCAAAGUGUCUCAUCAGAAGCCUCUGCCUGCCAACUCAUGGUAUGGCCAGCAGCACCAGGCGCCGCUGAGAUCACCAGAUAUCAUCUAUGACAACUUGGGAGAUAUUUAACUUCUCUAUAUUCCACACGGACUGAAAAGAUUUUUUUCUUUUUAAAAGAGGGGGAUUACUGAGAAAAGAGGACUCUGAAAAAGGAAGUUUAGCUCGAGAAGUUUUCAUGAGGACAAAGAACAUUCUCUCUUUUCUAAGUUUCUUCCGUCUCGGGACUGGAAUAAUUAUUUGAGACAGUC